GGAGGCCACAGACUCGCCGUCCGGUCACCGGGGGCAGGGGCUGAGCUCCGGGAGGAGGGCUCCACCGGCCGCCCGGGAGAACACAGCCCUGAGCAUCGCGGGGAGCCACUGCGACACGUGAUGAGCGAGCACCAGGCCGGGGCCGUGGGCUGCCCGCACCCCCCCUGCCGCCUCCUCUUCCCCAGCCAACAGGACAUGGAGCUCCAUCGCCGCACGCACUUCCCCUUCCACUGCGACCGCUGCCACUUCAUCUGCUCCAGCAGCAAAGUCUUAUCCCAGCACCGCGCCCGGGCUGGCCUGCGCUCGCACAGCUUCAGCUGCACCGCCUGUCCCUUUAAGACAUGCGGACAGGAUGACCUGAGGCAGCACUGCAGCGAGGCCCACCCCCCGGAGGGGCAGCAUCCCAGCCAGAGCCAGAGCGAAACCCCACCAGGGCAGCCCGGCACACGCACUGCCCCCGAUGAGCAGGAGGCGGUGUCUGAUGAGCCGGGGAGACAGAAGGUCAUCACGACGGCAGUGGAGAGCGUGCGUGAGUGCGUCACCGAGCACCAGCCCAGUGCCAGAAGCAAACCCUCCCGGCAGCGGCACUUCAGAGUUGACGUUCAGGAGGGGAUGGAACAUCUUUACAAGACGCACAUCUGCCCCGAGUGUAAACGCUGCUUUAAGAAGCGAACCCACCUGGUGGAGCACUUACACCUGCAUUUCCCGGACCCCAGCCUGCAGUGUCCGCACUGCACACGCUUCUUCACCAGCAAGGGCAAGCUGAAGGUCCACCUGCUGCGGGAGCUGGGGGAGAAAGCUCACAGCUGCCCACUGUGCGAGUACCGCGCGGUGGAGAGGAACUCUCUGAGCCGGCACAUGGCCAGCAUGCACGAGAACACCACCAACUUCUACUCUGAUGUGUACUCGUGCCCGGUGUGCGAGCAGCACUUCACGGUCAGUAACCUGCUGAAGGAGCACAUGAAGGUUCACCGGGAACGGCCCAAGCGUCUCGUCUGCUUCCAGCAAAGCUGUCCGUUCACCAGCGAGGACCGCGGCGAGCUCCAGCGGCACGUGCGGGCGGCUCACGGGGUGCAGGCGGUGGAGUGCCGGUACCGGGCCUGCGCCGCACUCUUCGGCUCUGCGGCCGAGAUGGAGACUCACCGCCGCACGCACUACGCCUUCCACUGCGACCAGUGCGACUUUGUCUGCUCCAACAAGCACGCCUUCCGCCGGCACCGCCGCCGAGGCCAUCCCGGCAGCGAGGAGCUGCACUGCGCCUUCUGCCCCUUCCUCACCUUCAACCCCGUGGAGUUCACCGACCACGUGGGCAAGAUGCACGCCAACGAGAAGAUCCACAAGUGCAGCGAGUGCAGCUUCGCCACCGCACACAAGCGGGUCCUCAACCGGCACUUCCUGCUCCACACAGGUGAGAAGCCCCACAAGUGUGAGGUGUGUGACUUCACGUGCAGGGAUGUGGGCUACCUGUCCAAGCACAUGCUCACCCACUCCGACACCAAGAACUACAUGUGCACAGAGUGUGGCUACAUCACCAAGUGGAAACAUUACCUGACCGUCCACAUGCGCAAGCAUACCGGAGACCUGCGGUAUCACUGUAACCAAUGCUCCUAUCGCUGUCACCGAGCUGACCAGCUGAGCAGCCACAAGCUGCGACACCAGGGCAAGUCUCUGAUCUGCGAGGUUUGUGGCUUUGCCUGUAAGCGUAAGUACGAGCUGCAGAAGCACAUGCAGGUGAAGCACUGCCAGGAUUACCAGGUGCCAGUUUACCAGUGUCAGUACUGCAGCUACCAGACGCCCUACAAACAGGCGCUGCUCAACCAUGAGAACUGCAAGCACACUCAGCACCGUGCCUUCCGCUGCGCGCUGUGUGCCUACAGCACCUUCAGCAACACGAGCCUCUUCUUCCACAAGCGCAAAGUGCACGGCUACGUUCCCGGUGACAAGGCCUGGCUGGACAACUACGCCCGUCAGGAGCUUGCCAUGAACUCCUCCGACCUGCUGCUGGGCUACAGCCCAACGGGGCACUCCACCGGCCGGGCGCAGCUUGGCACAGACUGCUGGCCGAAGAGCGGUCUGCCAAUGCCGGGGGAGAUAGAGGGGCCCAAACACCGGGCGAUCGGUGCCGUGCUGUACGGGAGCGUAGGUGGGGUGGGCAGUGCUGUGCCGAGUCAGGACAUGGUAUUUUCCAUGGCUCAGGGUCAUCUGGAUGUCGGCAGCCGGGAGCCGUCGGGAGCAGAGGGGCACCACGAGGUGGCUGAGCUGCCAGAAACACCGUCAGGAAGCUCACCACUGCAAGAGGUCUUUGACAGCCAGCUGGACUUGGCCAGCCCAGCCUCAGACGGGAUGGAAGGGCUAGUGAGUACUCGGCUCCCGGCACUCGGCACCUGGGAGGCGUGUGAGGCUGAGGCCGGCACCAUGUACACACAUUUCAUACCCGGCCCGUGCACUGGGGACGCCAGCCAAGAGCGAAACCUGACGGAGAAUUUCGAUGGUGGGAACGGGGAGCACGGCACGGAGACCCCCAGAGACUCUGGGCAUCACAUCCAGGUCUUCAUUACCGAGGAUCAGAGUAACUUCGGGUUCUCAGGCCAGGCCACUGGGCCCCAGCUCGGAGCUCACACAGUCCCUGGCGGGGAGACCUGGCUCAGUGUGGGCACCGAGGGCACAGGUGGGCAACAUAGCCUGCCUGAGGGUCAAGAGGUCACAGAGGUCACGGGCCUGGCACAGUUGGAGGUCACGGAGGUCACAGGGCUGGCACAGUUGGAGGUCACGGAGGUCACAGGGCUGGCACAGGCCGAGGUCACAGAGGUCACGGGCCUGGCACAGUUGGAGAUCACGGAGUUGGCACAGUCGGAGAUCAUGGAGGUCGCAGAGGUGUCCCGGGUGGAGGUCACAGAGGUCAUGGAGUUGGUACAGACGGAGGUGACAGAGCUCAUGGGGUUGGCACAGGCGGAGGUGACAGAGUUGGCACAGUCGGAGGUCACAGAGGUCACCGAGCUGGCAGGGUCGGAGGUCACAGAGGUGUCGGUGUUGGCACAGGAAUGUGAGAUCAAAGCCCUGAGGAAGCAGGACAGACAGCGAGCACAGGCGCUGGUGCUCGAGGGCCGUGUGCAGAUGCUGGUGAUCCAGACCGACACUCAGGUCUUCAAAUGUGAGAACUGUUCCUACGUGACGAGGAAGGAGAAGGCGAUGAUCUUCCACAGUAAGUCAGGCUGUCAGGGCCGGCGAGGAGCCCUCGUGUGCUCGGGCUGUGGGGCCAACUUCAAACAGCAGCGAGGUCUCAGCACUCACCAGCGGAAAAAGUGUCCCCUCGUCAUCAAGAGUCGCAAGCUGUACGUCAGGCAAGCGGCCGCUUCACAGCCCAGCGUGAGACCUGAACCGGAGCUCACACCGCAGCCUGAGCCGGGCACCCACUCCCCCCACCAUCUGCGCGGCAAGAAGGCCUGGAGAGACCAGCCGGGUGAGCGAGCGACCACAGAGAGCAAAGAACAAAGCCCGGCCGUUCAGAGGGAGUGUGAGGGUCUCGCUGGAGAGACCGCCCGCUGUGUCACCCCGGAAGGGACACAAGCCGAGGAGCCGGCUGGAGGCAGGGAGCCAGGGAGUGAGCCCCAGCGCGGCUGCCAGGUCGGGUACAGCCGGGAGGAGGGCAGGUUCCGCUGUGACGGGUGUGAGUUUGUGUGCGACAGUGAAGCAGACAUGCAGAGGCAUGAGGAAGCCUGCGGUCGGCCUGCUCCACGCGUCCAAUGUCGCUCUUGCCAACUGCUCUUCAGGUCACAGCGAGCGCUGAGGAAUCACCAGGCCAUCGCACACCCCGAGGAACAGGACGGCUCAGAGGAGACCAGCCCCGAGGAGGGGUCUGGCAGUGAUGAGGAGGGGAGUGAGGGGGAGGGGAAGGUCAGCGAGGCCGAGGGUGUUGUGAAACGCCGACGCCUGUCAUGCCCGUCCUGCCCGUUCAGCUGCUCCCAGGCGCGGGCGCUGGCCACGCACCGGAGGAAGGGCUGUCUGAGGGCGGACGAGCUGCAGUGCGGCCUCUGCUCCUUCGUCUGCAAGUCUCCGUCGGCGCUGAGACACCACGGCCGGCUGCACCGCGGCAAAGGCAGCCGGCGCCCGGCACUGCGCUGCCAGCUCUGCCUCUUCACCUGCAAGCUGACCCGCUGCCUCCAGCAGCACGUGGCCAUCAAACACCAGGGCCUCAAACCGUAUAAGUGCCGUUACUGCGGCUUCAGCACCGCCCGCCGGUACCGGCUGGACGCCCACGAGUCCCUGCACACCGGCCGCGGCCGCCUGGGAUGCGACUCAUGCCAGCAGACCUUCGGCACCGGCUCCAAACUGCGGAUCCACAAGCUGCGGGUACACGAGAAGCGACCCACCCACUUCUGCCCGCUCUGCGACUACAGCGCCUACAACCAGAACGACAUCCGCCGGCACAAUGCCUCCUGCCACUCGGGGGAGCUCAGCUUGCCGUGCAGGCACUGCGAGGCCAGCUUCAGCUCCGAGGGCGCCCUCAAACAGCACUGCCUGCGGCAGCACCAGGAGCCGGCCCGGCACUGCUGCUCCUCCUGCCCCUUCGUGUGCCGCAGCGAGGCCACCCUCAAGAGCCACGAGCAGAAGCAGCACCCGCAGCUGCAGUGCGGCACCUGCAAAGCUGGGUUCGGCAGCCGGAAGGCGCUGGAGAGCCACCGGCACGUGCACUACAGCCACCGAUGUGAGCACUGCCCCUUCGCCACCCGCGACCGGCAGCAGCUGAUCCAGCACCUGCUGGACAGCCAUGAGGGGGGGCCGGCAGCCGAGCGGCCCCUCCGCUGCCCCUCCUGCGACUUCAGCUGCCGCCAUCAGCUGGUGUACGAACAGCACGUAAGGGGCCAUGGUGGCACCCGGCUCUACAAGUGCACGGACUGCGAUUACACCACCCGCAACCGGCAGAAAAUCACCUGGCACAGCCGCAUCCACACCGGGGAGAAGCCGUAUAAGUGCCGUGUGUGCAGCUAUGCCUGUGCCGACCCCUCCCGUCUGAAGUACCACAUGCGGAUACACCAGGACGAGCGCAAGUACCUGUGCCCUGAGUGUGGCUACAAGUGUAAGUGGAUCAACCAGCUCAAAUACCACAUGACCAAGCACACAGGAGCCAAGCCGUACCGGUGUGACGAGUGCGAGUACUGCACUAACCGCGCGGACGCUCUGCGCACUCACAAGGAGACGCGGCACAGGGAGGCUCGAGGCUAUAUCUGUGAGCAGUGCGGCAAAGGCUUCAAAACACGCUUCCUGCUUAAGACCCACUUGAAGAAACACAGCGAGGAGAAGCCGUAUGUAUGCGGUGUGUGUUACCGUGGCUUCCGCUGGCAGGCCGGCCUCCGACACCACCACCUCACACACACCAACCAACACCCCUUCUACUGCCAUUAUUGCCCCUACACGGCCAAGCAGAAGUUCCAGGUAGUCAAACACAUCCAGAGACACCACCCGCUGAAGGCAGCCGAGGACCCCAGCCAGGGUGUGGGCAAGGUGCAGGUCACCCACCCCAUGGCCCUCAGCCUCACCCAGGCACAGGGCUCGGGGCUCGGGGAGUCUAGGGUCAUGGAGAGCAGGAAGGAGCCAGAGCUCAGCACUGCCACCGGCUCCUAGAGCAGAGGCUAGAGACAGCGAGAGGCCUUCACUGCAUGAGAUCAAGGACUCAGGCCCAGGACGGGGAAGAGGUCUUCUGUAACAUGUAUAUGCUGAAACACCGUGUGACGAGGUAUGUGCUGCAACACGUCACUUGAUUGAUGAGAAAUUUUAAUAUAUUCUGCAUCAUUUCAAUGUGCUAAUCAAAUGUAUAUCUUGAAGCUGUCUGUACAAAGAUGAUUUUUUAAAAAUAUUAUAGAUGCUGUAA